AUGUCCUCCAACGCUCACCAAACACCGGCAACGGACCCAAAAGUGUAUGACGAAUAUCGCGACAAGUGGCAACAGCAACCCACUGAUGCAUCUGGAUGGCUGCAACGCGCCAUUGACGUUGCCACUGUCCUUGCAGUGGACGCCAGUGUCAGGGAGCGCGAGAACAAGUCACCGCGAGCUGAAAUAGCCCUCCUCAAACAUUCGGGCCUACUCAAACUGCUCGGGCUGCCCAAGUAUGGUGGUGGUGGCCAGCCGUGGUCUGUCGGCUACAAGGUCAUCCAGGAAGUUGCCAAGGGCGAUGGGUCUAUUGGCAUGCUGCUCGGCUACCAUCUGCUGUGGUCGACCACUGCGCGGGUCGUCGGAACGGAUGAACAAGUUGAGCGCACCGAAGAGCUCAUCAUCAAGAACAACUACUUCGUCGGCGGUGCUGUCAAUCCGCGCGAUAGUGACCUGAAGAUAUCCAACGAUGGCGACAGCAUUGUCUUUAACGGAUUCAAGUUUUUCAACACUGGAGGCGUCAUUUCAGACUUGACCGUCUUGGAAGGCGUGUACGAAGACACAGCAGACCACAUUUUUGCCAUUGUAAAGACUGAUCAAUCCGGAAUCAACUUUGGACAUGACUGGGACAAUGUUGGCCUGCGUCUGACCGAGUCAGGCAGUGUCAAGAUUGAAAAUGUCAAGGCGCCGUGGGCGGAUGCCCUAGGGUGGGACGCCGCCGCAAAGAAGCCAGAUCCAGCGGUGCUGGGCAUUCCCUUCGGAUCACUGCUGCUUCCAACAAUUCAAUUGGUGUUUAGCAAUUUUUAUAUCGGAAUUGCCUGGGGCGCACUGAACACGGCCACUGCAUACACAAAUGUGUCGACUCGGGCAUGGCCAUUUGGCGGCGAUAAUAAGGGCAAGCCCCAAGAGGAAUUUUACAUCCUCUCGACGUACGGCAACUUCUUGGCCCACCUCCGCGCGGCAACAGCACUGGCUGAGAAGGCCGGGCAGCAAGUCGACGCUGUAUACGAGGGGACCCAGAACAGCGUCCAAGACCGUGCCAAGGUGACCGCCCAGGCUCGCGGCGAGGUUGCAGAAUGGGUGGCCAGCGUCAAAGUGGUAUCAACCGACGUCGGUCUGCGUGUCACGGCGGGCGUAUUUGAGGUAACUGGCGCCAAGGCGACGGCGACCAAGGUCGGGCUAGACAGGUUCUGGCGAGAUAUUCGGACACAUACGCUGCACGACCCGGUGGCUUACAAGAACAGAGAGCUGGGCAGAUUUCAGCUGCUGCAAGAGAUUCCAGAACCGACGUGGUAUACGUGA